CGGUACUGCGUGGAGGCCUGUGAUUGGGUGACGUUGGGAUCAGGGGCCGUGGCCUGAUUGGCCGCGCAUCACUUAUUCUCAUUUCUCCCUGUGUCAGUCGCAUGUCGCCCGUCUCCCAGGGUCGAUGGUGGGGACAUGACGUCCAUCUGAAGAGACUGGGCGGUUAGUUGUUGGGUUGGACUUGGACGCUUUUCGUGAUGGGGGCGAGCCUUGCUUUUCCGGCCUGCAUGGAUUGCCAGAAGCUAUUCAAUCGAGCUCAGCUCGCCGAGUGUCCGAUGGAAUACUCGGACUGUGGGAACUGCUUGCCCGGGUUCGAGGCAGAAGAACACACUAACGGGAGAUGGUCGGAGGUGUGCCAGCAGAGUGCAGUCAACCUUAGUCCACCAAUUGAUCAAGGUUUCCGUCCCGAGCUCCCAUCUCAGCUUCCGAAGAGUCAGGACCUUGGCCCGGGGAAUGGGCACUUGUCCUCCAAUUCCUUGCUCACCCCGGUCGGUCAGUCUUGCCGGGAGUCCACCGUCUUUGAUGAUAGUGCUGAUGCCCCGGAAGUAGUGGAUGCGUCAGUGGGGCACUAUUCCUUCCAUCAUAAGAGUCCAGAGAUAGAUAGGUUGGUGGGUGCAGUACCCCUGGACGAUACGUUGGACUUGGCUAGGCAGCAUCUAGCUGAUGGAGAACAGGAUAUUGGAAACUUGAGUCCAUCGAUUGCUGAAGGAGUUGCUGAUAUGCCUCCUGGAUGUAGUGGCCUUGGAGGAGGGGAUGCAUCCUCCGAGGGGGACAGUGCUUCCACAGCUGUGGUGGGAGAUGAUGACUCAAGGGAUGAAGAAGAUGAAGCUGGAGAAGCUCAUCUUCAUGAUGAUGAUGAUGUUAAUGAUGGAGCUGAUGAUGACUUUGGGCCGGGGCCGAGUGGUAGAGGCAGUCGAGCCCGACACGCUAGCACUUCCACUCGUGCCUCCUCUGCUCCUCCAUCGAUCUCCUCUGUGUUUGCUCCAUCCCCCUUCUACUUGUCUUCAUCCAACAGUAUUGGAUCAUCUGAGGUGGGUCCAUCUCACUCUGUGUCAUCUCCCCCCAGUCCCGACCGUCGCUCCCAGCCUCGCUCAUCUCGACGUCGUCGAAUGUCUGUGUCUGAUGGUGAAGACACUAUUUGUGAUAUGGCGGCUGAGAAGCAUGAACGACAGCAACGUCGGUGGUAUUUUACCAAGGAAGAACUGGAGCAAACGCCCAGCCGGAAAUGUGGAAUAGAUGCCGAUAAAGAGCUGUCUUACAGGCACCAGGCCGCUAACUUCAUACAAGACAUUGGUCAGCGGCUGAAUUAUUUCUUGGAGCUUGUUCAGGAGUUAAUUAUGAAUGAGAAUAUCAUGCUUCAGACCCUUGGAUUCGACUUGGCUGUCGACCACCCUCACACCCACGUUGUCCAUGGGUGCACACUUAUCAAUGCAAGCAAGUCCUUGUGUCAGACUUCGUAUUACAUGGCAACAAACAGGUACGUGAGUGCCACUGGCUUCUCGGGUGCAUGCAAUCCCAUUCAGCCAGUCACUCAUGGUACAUUGAUUCUGUUGUUCCAGCCUUCAUCUGACAACCAUGUGCCUCAUGUACAAGCCAUUCCCAAGUCAGCCGAAGGAAAGGAAUGGUAUUGGUAUGUUGAUAAGACUGUGACUGAAGAGCUGAUCAAAGAGCUCACCAAAGAAUUCCUCAAUGUUCUUCAGAAGUUUCCUUCCAAAUUGAAGCGAAAGAUCCAGAGUCUUGAGGAUUCUAGUUUGUGUGUUUCUUCGGGGCAGGGAAUACCCUCCAUGCCUGAACCCCUGAGUUUCAGUACAAAACGGAUGUCCCCUGUCCCCACCCAGAAACGGCCAAUCCCCUCCAGCACAUCUAGCUCAUCAGUGAUUGGGAAUCGGUCACAAGAAACAAAACCCCGUGGUCUUCCUGUUGCGGGUCCAAGUCAUGCCAAGCCAGAGGUCCUACGUCCAGGAAUGCCUAUCCCAGCUGGUGGUCAUCGACCUAAGCCCAAGGACAAAGUAGCUACAGCGGACUACCUGGCCAAAAUGUGGAACCUCAACAGCACAAGUGUGAUGGGGACACUAGGAAAGCCCCAAGCAGAGAAUCGACCAUCUAGCUCCCAUCAUCAGCAGCACAUGUCUCAUCACCGUCCACCUGAUGUAAAAUCCAAGUCCGAAGUGGACCUGAAGUUGGAACAGGAGAUCAAGGGUGUGGUGCGUGAAGUGUCAGACAAGAAAACAGAGCCUCGUUCAUAUCUUGUUGCACCCAAUUUGGUCAAGGUAUCUGAAGAUAAUCCAACUCGAACAUCAACUAAACCUGAACCAAGCAAAGUGAGACCCUCGAACUCUGUGAAGCCAGUGGAGUCGAUGCCGUACAUGAAACCACAUCUGCCUCAGCAUAUGAAACCUUGUUCUCCAUUGUCUCCAAUUCUCUCCCCAAUCACAUUUGGGGACAAACCACUAACUCCUGAGCAGAAGCCAGUGAAGGCUGCUGGAGAUGGUCAAAGUCAGCCAUCUGCAGCCAAUGGGAUGGCAUCUGGAAAGUCUUUCAUACCCAUUACACCCAGAAAGAUUCCCUUGUCACAGCCUUCAUUGAUUGAAUGCUCACCCUCAUCAGUGAUGAAACCCCCUUCUAUUUUCAGCCCACCAAAGGUCUCUCAGAGGCCUAGGACAAUCAGCAAUAGCUCGGAGCCUGAACUCAUCCCUGUUCUCCGGCGACUUGAGGAUAUGCCAGAGUAUCAAAAGGUAACUGAAACUGGUAGUGUUAAACUUUCUCCUGAGAAACCGCUCACACCUGGUAAUGAUUACAAGCCAGUCACACCUGGUAAGGAUUACAAGCCAGUUAUACCUAGGGAAUUGUCACAAUUUAGUGAAAAGCCUCCUGCAGUGUUACUUCCAACUACUUCAAUCCCUAUGAGUUCCAAUUUGUUCAACUCUGCCGAGUCCAUUCUUCAUAUUCCUUCAGUGAUCCCACUUAGUGAUCUGGGUGUGGGAGAGCCCACCCCAUUGGUGACAUCUGUGAUAAAGCCAGAAAAAGACAAAGAUAAAUCUAAGCAUGAGAAGAAAAAGAAGAAAAAAGAGAAACACAAGGAGAAGCAUAAAGAGAAGCACAAGGAGAAGCAUAAGAAGAAGGACAAGGAGAAAAAAGAAAAACACAAGGAGAAGAAGAAGGAUCGGGACAAGGAACGGGAAGAUGAAGAAGGGGCAUCUAAGCUCAAGAUCACAAUCCAGAGGGAAAAGCUGGGGACAAGUUUAGAUGACAUUCCCUUGAAACUGAAGAUCCCUAAAGAGCGUCUGAAGAGGUCUCCACAGUCAGAAGAGCCUACCUCCAUGUUGAAGCUCAAGAUUCCCCUGGUUGAAGGUGUGAAACGGAAGCUCGAUAGCCCCAGUGAGGAUCGCCCCUUGAAGGUCCCUCGCACCGAAUUCAAGCCCAUUCCUGCUGGACACGAGGGUUCCCAUGCCCCUAAGAUAGGGAUCUAUCAAAAUGCACCUCCUCCUCGGUACAUGUACUUUGAUCCUCCUCGCUGGAAUCAGCCUUACCCACACUUUCAGCCAUACCCACAUCCCAGUGUCGUACCGCAGGGGUGGUAUGAUCAGCCAGGAGUUUGGUAUGAGGAUAAUCGAGUUCAUAAUUUGCCUGUCAUUGGUGAUGUUCCUUUUGGACCACUGCCUGACAUGAGUGUUCCUCCCCCUCCACUUCCACAACCUGAGGAGGACAAGCCUCCUCUGCCUCCUGGUUCUCCACCAGAUUCUGAGGGAGUAGACGUGAGUGACCUGGUGAUUGGUGGCAUGAAUUUUGGGGUUCGUGGGCCUCAGGGAAAAUUUUCCUUCUCCCACAGGAAGAUGACAUCUGUGCAGGCCAAAGUGGCCCGCACCACUUGGGAGAUUUCCAAUAACAUAGAGUCUGUUCAGAAUGUAGACGACAUCUACCGCUAUGACCGGAAUCAGCAGCAGGAUAUCUUGGCUGCAAGACCCUGGGAGAAAGAUCCCCAUUUUUUCAAAGACAUUAAAAUCAGUGCCCUGGCCCUGUUGAAGAUGGUCAUGCAUGCACGAUCUGGGGGACCUCUUGAGGUUAUGGGCUUGCUCCUUGGGAAAGUGGAUGGAAACACAAUGAUAGUGAUGGACUCAUUUGCACUUCCAGUAGAGGGCACUGAGACCAGGGUCAAUGCUCAAGCCCAGGCAUAUGAAUACAUGACUGCAUACAUUGAGGCAGCAAAGCAGGUUCAGUUCCCCAUAGUUGGGAGAUUGGAGAAUGCUAUUGGUUGGUAUCACAGUCACCCUGGUUAUGGUUGCUGGCUGUCAGGAAUUGAUGUCUCAACACAGAUGAUGAAUCAGUCCUUCCAGGAACCCUUUGUUGCAAUUGUUGUAGAUCCUGUUCGUACCAUUUCUAGUGGGAAGGUUAACCUUGGUGCUUUUCGCACCUAUCCCAAAGGCUUCAAACCACCUGAGGAAGGGCCAGCUGAGUAUCAGACAAUACCUUUGAACAAGGUGGAGGACUUUGGGGUCCACUGCAAGCAAUAUUAUGCCUUGGAAGUAUCAUACUUCAAGUCUGCCCUUGACCGCCGCCUCCUUGAUUCCUUGUGGAACAAGUAUUGGGUUAACACCCUCAGUUCAUCCAGCAUCAUCACAAAUGCAGACUACACAACAGGGCAGGUGGUGGACCUGUCUGACAAGCUGGAGCAGGCAGAGAACCAGCUGGGACGCGGAUCUUUCGUCUUUCCUAGCAUGGAUCCAUAUGAGAAGAAAUCUGAGGACAAGUUGCCCAAAGCUGCCAAGGAUGCUUGCAAGACCACUGUUGAGGUCCUUCAUGGCCUUAUGUCUCAAAUAAUCAAGGACCGAUUAUUCAACCAGGUCCAGAUGUGCAAGCCCCAACCUCCUCUCAACUUGCACUCAAAAGCAAUGGAGGGGAAGUUUAUGGAUGUGAGUGCAAUGCACCGUUACGUCUCCCCUGUGAACCCCCUGAUUUACCCACACCUGACUGUGGUCCUGCUCUGCAUUGGCCUUUUCCUCAUGGCGUGGUUUUUCGUCUACGAAGUCACGGCCAACAAGUACACCAGGGAUCUGAAGAAGGAGCUCUCACUCAGCUUGGUUGCUUCCCUCUUCCUUGGUUUUGGGGUCCUCUUUCUUCUCCUGUGGGUUGGGAUCUACGUGUGA